AUGGCUGCCACGGCGGCGCACCCCUCCGUUAUCCGAGCUCUCCUACCACGCAAUGCUCCGGCGUCGAAAUCCUCUCCCGCCUCCCUCAGCAGCCGGAGGAAUUUUCUCUUCCUAAUGACGGCAGUUCCGGCGCUUUCGAUGAAAGAAUCGGUCUCCAGAGCGCAGGACAUCCCGCUGUUUGGACUGAAGAGGAAGCUGAAGAAAGCGGAGGAGGAAGCCGAGCUGCUAGUCAAGGAAGGCUUCGAGACGGCGGAGAAGGGGCUCGAGACGGCGGAGAAAGGGCUCGUGACGGCGGAGAUAGGGAUCGAGGAAGCGGUGAGUUUCGGCGGACUCGCGCAGGCUGGCGCCGUCUUCGGAGCAGAGGCCGUCGCCGUUCUCGUCGCUACUUCCGUCGUCAGCGGGAUUUUGGGGCCGGAUGCCUGA